AUGAAGUUCAUUCUCUGGAAUGUAAGGGGUGCUUGUAGGGAUGAAUUUAUCCCACAUGCACGUCACUUAGUCAAUAUUCACAAAUCGACUGUUUUUGUUUUUCUGGAAACUAAAUCUGAUGAUCUUAGAGCAAGGCAAAUCAUGUUACAACUUGGUUUUCAUGAUUUUAAAGCAAUUGAGGCUAAUGAUAAGAGAGGGGGUAUAUGGCUCCUUUGGAAAAGCACCGUUGAUAUUGCUGAUUAUAAGGAGGAUUUCUCCUUUUUUCAUGUUUUGUUUCACUUUAAAAAUACCAACAAUGAGGCUUUAAUUACUGGCAUGCAUGCUCCUUCCACGCCUAAAGAAAGGCAUGAAAUGUGGAGGGAGAUGCAAUCUGAUCUUCCCCCUCCAGGUACCCCGUGGCUCUUAUUUGGUGACUUAAAUGAGGUUACUUCUCAAAAUGAAAAAUCUGGAGGUCGUAUUUUUAGACAUGCUCAAUGUAAAGAUAUGAAUAAUUUCACUAAUGCUGCAGGACUUUUUGAUUUGGGCUAUAAUGGUAAUCCAUUUACUUGGAGUAACGCUAGAGAAGGAGCUACUCUUAUAAAGCAGCGUCUUGAUCGUGCCUUGGGGCAGCAUGGGUGGAUCAAUUUCCUCACACAAAGGAAUAGAGGAGGGUCUGGUUGUUUUGAGCCUUUUAAUAAGCUCUCGGCUAUUGAUAAUGGCUUGUUAGCUAAUUAUAUUCCUAGUAUGAUUGAGGUUAAAAAUUGUUUGUUUAGUAUGGAGCCAAUGAAAUGUCGGCCUGAUGGUGUUCAACCAAGAUUUUUCCAAGCUCACUGGGAUUCUUUGAGUCAUAUUUUAUACAAGCUAUGUGCUGAUAGUUUUUCUAAUGCUUCUUUUAAUCCGGAGAUCAACAAAUCUUAUAUUUCUCUUAUUCCUAAGGUUGAUAAUCCGGUUAAUUUGACUCAAUUCAGACCAAUAGGGUUAUGUAAUACAGCUUAUAAGUUGAUAACCAAAUUAAUUUCUUUUAAGCUUAGAUCCUUUCUAAAUAAUUUGGUUAGUCCUCUUCAAUCCAGUUUUAUUCAUGGAAGGGGAAUUGAGGAUAAUGUUAUCAUAAUCAAAGAGAUGUCUCAUAUUUUCCAUAAAGCUAGGAUAGGAAAAAACAUAAUGGCUCUCAAACUUGAUCUAACUAAGGCUUAUGACAGUUUGGAGUGGAAUUUUAUUGAAGAAACCUUAAUUGGUUUUAAUUUUCCUAUGAACUUUGUUAAAUUGAUUAUGUUUUGCAUUACCUCUCCUCAAAUCUCAGUGUUAUGGAAUGGAGAGAUUACUUCUGAAUUUACUCCCUCACGGGGUAUUAGGCAAGGAGAUCCAAUGUCAUCUUAUAUUUUUGUGUUGUGCCUAGAAAGACUUUCUCCCAUGAUAGAAAACAAGGUGAAUCAGAAACUUUGGAAGCCGAUUAAGGUAACUAAAUCUAUUUCCUUGUCACAUAUUUUUUAUGCGGAUGAUGUGUUCCUUUUUGGACAAGCUUCUAAAAGCAAUAUAGGAAUAAUUAUGAAGGUUUUGCAGGAUUUUGGGGAUAUUUCUGGUUUAAGGGUCAAUCAAAAUAAAUCAACAGUUAUUUUCCCAAAAAAAAUGAAUUAUAAUAUAAGAAAGGAUUUAAUCACUGAAUUUAAUUUCACUUCUACUUCUUCCUUUGGUAAGUAUUUAGGAGUUGAAAUUCAUCCUAAUAAGUUAAAAAAAGGUGAUUAUUUUGGUUUGCUUGAUAAAACUUUUAAUCAAAUCAAAGGUUGGCAGUCCAACUUGUUAAAUAUGGCGGGAAGGUGUACCUUGGUUAAAUCUGUUCUUUCUUCCUUUCCUGUUUAUUUAAUGCAAACUAGUAUUCUUCCUUUUUCAGUAUGUGAGGAUAUCGAAAGAAACUGUCGGAAAUUUCUUUGGAAUAAGGUUGAUAAAUCUAGAUACUCCACGAGAUUAGGAUGGAAUCAUAUCACUAAGCCUAUGGAAAUAGGAGGAUUAGGGAUUAGAAGAUUAAAAUUGUGGAACAUGGCCUUCAUGGCUAAGUUAGGGUGGAUGAUCCUUACUAAACCUGACAAAUUAUGGGUUAGGAUUUUGAGUGAAAAAUAUUUGAAGAGAGGAGGUCUUUUCGAUUGUCAUGUUAGCCCUAAUCAUUCUCAAAUUUGGAAAGACAUUCUAAAGGGCAGGGAGUUAUUAGCCUCGGGUUUAAGGGUAGGAAUUGGUAAUGGGAGUUCUACUUCAUUAUGGUAUCAUCAUUGGCUAGGUUCCUCAAUUUUAAAAGAUGUGAUGAUUUGUGAUAUUCCUCCUCAUAUGGAUAAUUGGAAAGUGUCUAAUAUAAUCAAGGAUAGAGCUUGGUAUUUGAAUGACAUCCUUCACCUUUUACCUCAGCAUGUUAUCAACAUGAUCAAAGCCACACCUUUGUCGAAAUUUACAGAUUUAGAGGACUUUAUCACUUGGGAUUUAAGCAAGGAUGGUAUUUUUAGUGUUAGAUCAGCUUAUCAUUUUCUUUUGAAAGGAAAGUGCCAAGCUUCUUCUAAUAUUAAUUCUUGGAAAGAAUCUCAUAUUCAUAUCUUUAGGGAUUGCUUCUCUUCCUCAAUUUUGUGGAAUGAUAUUUUUAACAAAGUUUAUCUUCCUAAUAAUUUCAAUUUUGAUAUUUUUAAAAAUUCUUCUUGGGAAAUUUGGAUAAACUAUAAUCUUGGUUUAGAUAAGAAGUGGAAGAUGAAUUUUGUUACAGCUUUGUGGCACCUCUGGUUGCAUAGGAAUAAUACUGAGUGCAAGAGCAGGAAGGGUAAGGAGCAGAUUUCUUCUAAUUCCGAUUGGAAGGCACCUAGAGAAGGAUUUUUCAAGAUAAAUACGGAUGGUGCUUGGCUUAAUUCUGCUGUCUCUUCUGGAGGAGGGGUAAUUAGAAGGUCUGAUGGUUCGUGGUAUGUGGGAUUCUCAUGCAAAUAUGAUGCAAUUUCACCUUUUCUCACUGAGCUCUAUGCUAUGAAUGAUGGCUUAUCUAUUGCAAUGGAUUUGGGGAUCAAAAAGGUGAUUGUUGAAACUGAUGCCAAAGUCCUUCGUGAUAUGCUAAUGACAUCAGGUCCCAAUCCUCAUCACGAGUUAGCCGCAACUAUUUGUGAUGUUGCUGCUGUUCUGUCUAAGUUUGAGGUUGCUGUGGUUACUCAUAUCCCAAGAGAAGGGAAUGAAUUGUCUCAUCGUCUUGAUGUAUUUGGACGAGAGAUGGUUGUUGGCUACAAGACACACUAUCUGGUUCCAGAAUGUGUUUCUGAAUUGUACGAGUCAGAGAAAGCAAAUGUCGCAGAAGCAACAGCUCAUUAG